AUGCAUGCUCAACCGAGACCAAUUAUUGAUGGUGGCCAUCUUCUUCGUCAAUUAGAACAAUAUGUUCGUAAUGGUCAUUUGAAGCCUACGACUCUAUUUUGUACAGCUGAUAUUACGAACUUAUAUACAAUGUUACCACAAGACGAGUCACUUAAAAUCCUCAAAGAACUUCUUCUUGAACAUCAUUAUGAGAAAGUCCAAGGUAUUCCAAUUGGAAUUAUUCUUCAAUUAGCUGAUCUUGUUCUCAAAGAGAUUGCAUUUGUCGAUGGAAAUAAAUUCUAUCGACAAAUUAUUGGUGGUGCAAUGGGAUCACCGUUUACUUUAACAUUAGCCAAUAUUUUCAUGUGGAAAUGGGAAAAAGAUGCCAUUUGUGGUGCAAUAGGACCCCAUGAAAUCUAUGGCCGAUAUAUUGAUGAUAUCUUCUUUACUUUUAAUGAUCCAAAGGCAAAAAUCGAAGCAGUCAUCAAGAAAGCUAAUGCCUUUCAUCCAAACAUUAAAUUAGAAGCUAAUAUUGGUAGUUGUGUUUCAUUUCUUGAUCUUCUCAUCAACAAUAAGAAUGGUGUUUUAUUCACAUCUGUCUAUCAUAAACCAGCAGCAGAACCCUGUGUUGUACCAUUUAUUUCUGAUCAUCCACGUCAUGUAUUUUCGAAUAUUAUUCAAGCUGCUCUUCUUAGAGCUGUACGUUAUUCAUCAACAUUAGACAUUUUUGAAAAGGAACGUCGUUCUAUUCGAUUGAUGUUGCUCUAUAAUGGGUAA